GCGUACCGGAAGCUCGCUCGCAGUUGCCGCAUCCGCGCCGCUCCAGUUGUAAACGACACGCUCGUUCAGCGAUUGCGAAGCGGCGUUACAAAGGAUUUUUUAACCGAAAGACCAUCCGGUCUUCGAUUAACUUAAAGUAGCCGCAGGAGGGACUUGCAUCGUCGUGGUCGUUGAAAAAGUGACUAAAAAUGUCGAUAGGAGUACCGAUCAAAGUGCUCCACGAAGCGGAGGGCCAUACCAUAACCUGCGAGACAAACACGGGCGAGUUGUAUCGCGGGAAAUUAGUGGAGGCCGAGGACAACAUGAACUGUCAAAUGGAGAAGAUCACGGUGACCUACAGGGACGGUAGGGAGGCUCAGUUAGAGAACGUUUAUAUCAGGGGCUCGAAAAUCAGGUUUCUCAUUUUACCGGACAUGUUGAAGAACGCGCCGAUGUUUAAGAGACCUGGUGGCAAGGGCUCAGGCACCGCUGGCCGAGGGAAGUCCGCUAUCCUCCGCGCCCAAGCGCGCGGGAGGGGCAGAGGUCAGAACCAGAGAGGUAGAGGUACGGGGUCGGCGCCGUGGCUAAAUCAACAGAACCAACCUGGAGGAUCUCAAGCAGGAAAAGGACGAGGAUAAACAAAAUGAAGUUUCUAACAAGGGACACUGAUUCUGCCUGUGACCAAUCUUCUUAUAUCGUUUGUACAAGAAGUAUGAUUAGACGUGGAAGUAUUAUAAUAAAAAUAUGGAGCGGUUUUCCAGAUUUUCCACAA